AUGUCCGAACCUUCGGCGAACAUAAGACUAGCUGGCAGCCCCUCUGAGGCGCAGUUGCACCCACACCCUGCUGCCCCUCUUCCGAACCACCAUGCCGCUGGCGUAGCGGACUCGAACGCACUCCCACCGGCAUUGACACCGGCCACUACGACGAGGCAAUCAGUCGCCUUGGGCGUCCUCUCGACGUUUUGGGGUUACAGUUCUGCACCUACCCACGAGGCCGUGAAUAUCUCGAUACCGUCCAACGCAACGUAUGCCGACGCCCAUGAGCGACCUUGCGACCUAGCCGCGAGUACAGGGUCGGUACCCAGUACGACUACAACAUUGACGAACACGCUGCCCCCGUUACAGUCCGCUGCCAUCCGUGCGCUCAAUGCCCCCGCGUUCCACGCUCAAGGCAAGCCUGCAAAGUCCACUUCCAGCAAGACGACCGUCACGAGCCAACCAGUUGUGGUGCGAACGUAUUCGGGAUCGCGGCACACGUCCAGACCUGGAUCCGGCUUCAAUACCCCACACUUGCUCGCCAUGAGUGGUCAGCCCAACACGUCUGCUUUGACAGCUGGCCUUGCACGCCAAAACGAACAGCUACCUGCCAUCGAAGACUUCUCGUUCUCGGCCAUCCUUCGUGCAGUUGACCCAGAGAUUAGAGACGCCAUCGAUGCGAUUGCCGAGAUCUGUGCUCGGAGCCGAUUGAGUCUGGCUGACGAGUACGAUGCUCACCUGCCUCCUCAAGGUGAGAUCACCGACGCAGGGCCGGGCUGGGCUGCCAGCACGGGAGCUUUGGCAGGACGAGGUCGCUUAUCCCGCAUUAGUCGCGGAUGGACGGCUGCGGAUAACCCGCUGAUGGCUGUGCCUGAAGCUAGUAGCUCGAGCGAAAGACUGGCUCAAGAGGGUAGAGGUACAACAGCAGAGGGUAAGAAAAGGAGAAGUCAGUCGGCGUACGGCAGUCUGAAAAGCGUCAUUAGUGGCGGCAGUAGCGGAAAGAGAAAGUCCAUCGACAAAAACACCGAACAGCCCGAGUCUAGCAGAUCGGGACAAGAGGAACCGCAGCGGCCACAAGGGCCAGCAUGGACUAUCAGAGCCUCAUCACAGACUCAGGAUCAUCCAGCCAUCACCCUUGACACCACGCCACAGGCCUCUAAGCAGCUUGCAUUUGACGCCUCGGUGCUUCAGGACUUGCCUGAGACAGACAGUACUUGGAACCUUCGACCACGGGCUGGUGUUUACCCACAAAGAGGAGCACAUCACCGCAACUGGUCGACUACAACAUAUCCGGCCGCCCAUUCUCAACCAAAGGCACGAUCGAAUACAAUAUCCUCACUGACAUCAUGGCUGCCAUGGCCCCGUACAGCUGGCAUGCACCACGACGCGCAGCCAGACCUGACAAAAGCGGAAAGUCGCUUACGUGAGAUGCUCAUGUCUUCGCAGAGUAUUGGUAAAGGCAGGCCGACCGCAGCAGCCGGAUAG